AUGGUCGAUCUAUCUAUCGCAUGCAACUCGGUUGUGUCCGGGCCUUUUGCAGAGGCCACAGAUCGCGUCGCGCUUGGCCCUCUCGUUCGCACCCCGGACCCUGCACUUGAUUGGACGUCCUGUACGUCUGGAAAAAUGUGGCGGAAUGAUAAUGGCACCCUCUACUUCGCCAGUCGAGUCACUAUCGUCCUCAUCAUCCGUGACCUCAUGUCUUGCACACGACGUGCCAACGACGCGUGUCAGACUUACGAACGUCGAGCUGGUUCUAGUUAUUAA